CAAUUUUGACAUAACCGCAUAAAAGUUAAUUGAAAUUUGAUAGAAAAAUACUUGUAUUUAAAUUAUAAUAUAUAACUAGAAACGAAUAAUAGUGAUAAGCGAUAUGUGAUAAGAUUAUAAUUACCAUUACCUUUCUGUGUCAAUUAAACAUUCUUUUAGUGACGAUUUUCUAAAAACCAUGAACGAGACAAAGAAAAGAGAAGUUCCAUCCACAAUGAGAAAAGUUCUAGCAGUAGAUGCUUAUAUUACAGAUAAUUUUGUAAAAGCUGUGGAUAAAUUUUUGCCUUUCCGUUCAUUAAAGACGCAUUAUCAAGCUCUAGAGAUAUCAUGUCAUGGAAUUCUUUGGAUCGCGUCUUGGCUCGCUUUUAUAUGGAUAUUAAAUAGUAAAAAUCUAUAUCAAAUGCAAGUUAACUUUUUAAUUGGUAUAUUUACCGAUAUUUUAAUUAUUGCUAUUAUAAAAGCAUUAGUGCGAAGGCGAAGACCAACGCCAAAUACUGAUAUUUUUGGAAUAGGUCCUGAUAAAUUUUCCUUUCCAUCUGGUCAUGCUUCGAGAGCAUCUUAUAUAGUUUAUUUUUUCUUCAAUUUGUGGCCAGUGAAUUUUAUUUUCAUUCCUCCUUUAUUGGCAUGGUCAUUUAGUAUUUGCCUCUCGAGGGUUUUAAUGAGAAGACACUAUUUACUCGACGUUGUUGGAGGAAUUUUACUUGGAAUUACAAAUGGAAUUUUAAUCAGUACGAUAUAUUUAACUCAAGAAACAAGUACAGAACUCAUUUCAUGGAUUACUGAUGAGAAAUUAGACGGUGGUGAAUAUCACGUAUGAAUAACAAAAUUCAUAUCGUUUAAAGAAUUUAUUUUUUGAAUUAUAAAAUUUUGAAAAUUCAUAAGAAAAUUCUUUACAAAAAAAAAAAAAAUAUUUUUUCUUUCAAAACUAUAAUUUCCAAAGUGACUGUUUUUAUCUAAUAUUUAAUUGCCUUAAAAAAAUGUUGCACAUUGAAAGUGAUAAAAUAAAAAAUUUAUUUUCUAA